CGAACAUUACAUCGCAUUGACCACAUCUGCGGGCUAGUAAAUUUUUAGAAGCACUAAAUAAUUAUUUAACAAAAUGAAAUUGAAUAUAGUGCGGCCGUUGUUGUUGAGUUUAUUAUUUGUUAUAACAUUUACUGUACAAAAUGUUACAUGUGCCAAAAUUCUGGCACUUUUUCCAUUUCCCGGUCCUUCACAAUAUAUUUUAGUGCAGCCGUAUUUAAAAGCUUUAGCUGCUAAAGGACAUGAGCUGACGGUGAUUAAUGCUUUUCCACAAAAGCAACCGAUUUCCAACUUUCGAGAUGUGCUGGUAAUGGAGGUUCAUGACAAUUAUGCUGAGUUUGUGGAACAAGCCAAGACUGGGCGUAACAAAUGGGAGGAGAUGACAUUUUUAGCCGGUUUUUUCUUAAAUCUAACCGAAACUGUUAUAAAAAAUUCUGGUGUUCAGAAAUUACUAAACACUGAAAAUUACGAUCUUGUCAUACUAGAAGCACUCCACACUGAUGCCUGGUAUGCACUUGGCAGACACUUUAAUGCACCCAUGAUUGGUCUCUCCUCCUUUGGCACUGAUCCCGUUAUUGAUGAGUUAAUGGGCAACAUGUCGCCACUAUCGUAUUCUCCCUUAGUGACAGCCGGCUUAACGGAACACAUGACAUAUCUGGAACGUUUAAGAAAUGUAAUUUUAUCAUUUAUGGAAUUGCUGCAUGUAAGAAUUCACCUAAUACCUAGACAAAAGAAAAUUCUGCGAAACUACUUGCCUCACAUUAAAGAUGAUAUCUGGGAUUUGAGAACAAAUUUCUCCAUAAUGUUGCUGAAUAAUCAUUUUAGCUUAAGCUUUCCACGGCCAUAUGUACCCAGUAUGGUGGAAGUGGGAGGUUUUCAAAUAAAUUACAAACACAAGCCUUUGCCGCAUGAUAUUUUGAAUUUCCUUAAUUCCUCCUCGGAAGAUGUCAUAUAUUUUUCCAUGGGCUCUAAUGUGAAAUCAAAGGAUUUUCCUCCAGACAAACUACAAAUGCUAAAUAAGGUUUUUAGCUCAUUACCCUACAAAAUUUUGUGGAAAUUUGAAAACCCCACUUUGCCGGGCAAACCCAAGAAUGUCUUUAUUAGUUCCUGGUUUCCUCAACCCGAUGUUCUGGCUCAUCCUCGUGUCAAACUUUUCAUUUCACAUGGUGGCCUGCUGAGUACUUCGGAGGCAGUAUACCAUGGUAAGCCUAUGUUGGGUCUCCCUGUGUUCUACGAUCAACAAAUGAACAUCAAAAAAGGCAUACAAGCGGGUUUUGCUUUGGGCAUCGAUUUCCAUACACUGCCCCGGGAAGAAUUUAAGUCCGGCAUUUUGGAAAUGAUGAAUAAUCCGAAAUAUCUUAAUAAUGCUAAAACUAUAUCGAAUAUAUAUCACGAUCAACCUAUGAAACCUUUAGAAUUGGCCAUCUAUUGGACGGAAUAUGUUUUGAGGCAUAAUGGAGCGGUACAUUUGAAAAAUCCUGCUCAAUCGAUGAAUUUUAUACAAAAACACAGCAUAGAUACGGUGGGUGUUUUAGUAGCGGCUGCUGUAUUGUGUAUAAUUUUAGUGAUUGUUGCUGUAUGGAAAAUUGUUAAAUUAAUUUUACAGAAGAAAUCGUUGAAUAAAGAAAAAGUUAAUUGA